UCUACUCCAGAAACUCUGUUUUUGUGACAGAAACUAUGUUAAAUUGGUGGAGACUCAACAAAGCAAAAUGCGCUAUAUAAUAUAAUAUAGGACGAUGUCCCUUGCACAAAGACAACGUUUUAGUAGUGUAAUAAACUUUCAUCCAUAGCAUUUGGGAAAGAUGUUUUAUGUUCCCUGGGAUGAUGCACAUUCCUUCUGGUUGAACAAUUUGCUGAUUUCCCAUAUAUGUGUGAAGAAACCAGGAAGAAAAGGAAGUGGUUGCAUAAAUGUAACUGCUUCUUUAAGUGGCUACCCAUGAAGCCAUCCAACUUCCCUUUCUUCUCUAUGUAGUCCCCUGCUCUUCCUGUUUGGAUUGUAUGAAUGUACCGGUCUGGUUGGAUGCCUUUUGAAUUGUCAACCCCUUUAAUGUAAAGGACACCCUGUGAAUUGGAAACAUGGUGAAGAUUAUUUGGCUCCCCGUUUAUAUGGAAGACUGAAAGGAGAUUCAUGUGGUCUUAUCUGUGAAAGGAGAUCACAAGAAUUUAGCUGCAAAGAUGAGUUCAGAGGAGAAAGGUAUAUCUCCUGCUCACAAAACCUCUACACCAUCUCAUAAAAGUGCCUCUUCUUCAUCAUCUUCCCAGAGGGACAGCAGGCAGAGUGGCCAUAUAUUAGAGCGAAAUAUUUCUUCAGGAAGUGCAGAUCUGGUAAUGGGCAAACAGUUGCUAGAAAAUGAACCGGUCAUCAUAUCUAAAGAGCCAGACAACUGGGAAAUUAUAGAAGGUCUGAAAAUUGGUCAGACUAAUGUUCAGAAGCCAGACAAACAUGAAGGAUUCAUGCUGAAGAAACGGAAAUGGCCUUUAAAAGGCUGGCACAAGCGCUUUUUUGUCCUGGAUAAUGGAAUGUUGAAGUACUCAAAAUCACCGAUUGAUACUCAGAAAGGGAAGGUCCAUGGAAGCAUCGACGUUGGUUUAUCAGUUAUGUCAAUUAAAAAGAAAGCUCGUAGGAUAGAUCUUGACACUGAAGAGCACAUCUACCACUUGAAAGUGAAAUCCCAGGAUUCAUUUGAUGCUUGGGUAUCAAGGCUGCGCCACCACCGAUUAUACCGUCAGAAUGAGAUUGUACGAUCACCACGAGAUGCCAGCUUCCACAUAUUCCCUUCAACUUCAACCACCGAGUCUUCACCAGCUGCUAAUGUUGCCAUGCUAGAAGCUAAGGUAUCACAGAAUAACUUCCCAUGGCAGCCACCUAUCCCUUGCAGUAACAGCCUGUCUCCAUUACCUGCAACAUGUACCACUGGCCAAAGUAAAGUAGUUGCUUGGUUGCAAGACUCAGAAGAGAUGGAUAGAUGUUCAGAAGAUCUUGCACACUGCCAGUCAAACCUUGUGGAACUCAGUAAAAUCCUUCAAAACUUAGAAAUACUUCAGAGAACUCAGUCAGCUCCAAACUUCACUGAUAUGCAGGCUAACUGUGUAGAUAAGAAAGACAAGCGUGUCACGAGAAGAUGGAGAACAAAAAGUGUCAGCAAAGAUGCUAAAAUACAGCUCCAGGAAGGGACAACGCUGAAAAGCCAGUUCAGUUCUGCACGGCGCCGACAGAGACUGGCGGCAGCAGUGGCUACAACAGUCCCUUUCAGUUCCACCAUGUCUCCUGUUCGCCUCCAUUCAUCCAAUCCUAACCUCUGUGCGGACAUCGAAUUUCAGAUGCCACCAAGUCACGUAGCUGACCCCCUGGAAACUUCCACGGACUACAUCAAACUCCAGGAAGAAUUUUGUCUCAUGGCACAGAAAGUACAUUCUCUUCUGAAGUCUGCCUUCAAUAGCAUUGCAAUAGAGAAGGAAAAGCUUAAACAGAUGGUUUCAGAACAUGAUUUCACAGGACAUAGCACACAGAUAACACGUCUCCGACAAUCUCUUUCUCAGGCUCUCAACCAGAAUGCUGAACUAAGGAGUCGCUUGAACAGAAUACAUUCAGACUCUGUUCUUUGUGAUCAGGUUGUCAGUGUAAAUAUUAUCCCUAGCCCUGAUGAGUCCGGUGAACAGAUCCAUGUCAGCCUCCCACUCUCCCAGCAAGUUUCUCAUGAGAGCCGCCUCUCCAUGUCUGAAUCGGUCUCUGAAUUCUUUGAUGCACAAGAAGUGCUUCUGUCUGCAAGCUCAUCAGAAAAUGAGGCUUCCGAUGAUGAAUCAUACAUCAGUGAUGUCAGUGACAACAUAUCUGAAGACAACACCAGUGUCGCAGACAAUAUUUCUCGGCAAAUACUUAAUGGUGAACUAUCAGGAGGUGCUUUCAGAAAUGGACGAAGGACGUGUCUCCCAAGCCCCUGUCCUGAUACUAGUAAUAUCAAUUUGUGGAACAUUUUGAGAAAUAAUAUUGGAAAGGAUCUCUCCAAAGUAUCCAUGCCAGUAGAGCUCAAUGAGCCUCUGAAUACCUUGCAGCACCUUUGUGAGGAACUAGAAUAUAGUGAACUCUUGGAUAAGGCUGCUGAAUCUGAUGACCCCUACGAACGUAUGGUCCUAAUUGCUGCUUUUGCAACAUCAGGAUAUGCCUCCACUUAUUACAGAGCUGGAAGCAAGCCUUUUAACCCUGUCCUUGGUGAGACUUAUGAGUCUAUUAGGGAAGACAAGGGAUUUCGUUUUUUCUCGGAGCAGGUUAGCCACCACCCACCUAUUUCUGCCUGUCACUGUGAAUCAAAGAAUUUUGUGUUUUGGCAAGAUAUCAGGUGGAAAAACAAAUUCUGGGGCAAAUCGAUGGAAAUACUGCCAAUUGGAACCCUGAAUGUAACACUUCCCAAGUAUGGUGAUUGCUAUGUAUGGAACAAAGUCACUACUUGUAUACACAACAUCCUCAGUGGAAGGAGAUGGAUAGAGCAUUAUGGGGAAAUAACCAUCAGGAACACAAAGAGCGGUGUCUGUAUAUGUAAACUCACUUUUAUGAAGGUAAAUUACUGGAAUUCGAAUGUAAAUGAAGUUCAUGGUGUCAUCAUGGAUCAAGAAGGAAAGGUGGUGCAUCGCCUCUUUGGAAAGUGGCAUGAAGGACUAUAUUGUGGCGUUGGGCCUUCGGCAAAAUGUAUAUGGAGGCCAGGCUCGAUGCCAACCAACUAUGAGCGUUACUAUGGCUUUACAAGGUUUGCCAUUGAGCUGAAUGAGUUAGAUCCUGCAUUGAAAGACCUCCUUCCAAGAACAGAUGCACGAUUCCGGCCCGAUCAAAGAUUUUUGGAAGAGGGGCAUUUAGAAGCAGCGGCCACAGAAAAACAAAGAAUAGAGGAACUCCAAAGAAGCCGGAGGCGCUACUUAGAAGAAAACCAUAUGGAACAUGUACCAAGAUUUUUUAAAAAAGUUAUCGAUGCCAAUCAAAGAGAAGCCUGGGUUUCUAAUGACACGUAUUGGGAACUCCGAAAGGAUCCUGGCUUUAGUAAAAUAGAAACCCUCAAACUCUGGUAAACUGAGAAUGUAGAUCUAGUAACAUAUCACUCUUUAAAAGAAAAGAAAAACUAUGCACAUGUUUCUUAUAGCUAAGGGUGGUUUGUGGGUCUGCAGGAAACCUUUCAUUUGCUUUUAUAUUCAUCUUUAUAAUGGACCUCCAAAAGUGCAUUAUCCCACACCCUAAACAUUUCUGCAGCAGUCAUUAAAUUAAACACCCCUUAAAGAUUCAGACACGGAAAAAGCAGCACAAGAGAAGCGUGUACUGAGUUAGCCAAAGAUGCUUUGAAGAGUAUCUGGUGCUUAAAAUAGACAUGGAAUUCCAAAACAAAGCAAGUUCUGUUCUAACAAACUUGUCUAGAAUGUCUACACCUGCAGUUACUGAAUCUUGAAUCACACUCCUUAUUCAUUUCCAGCUUCAGGUUAGUUUCCUCAUGUGAUGUGCUUGGACUGGCCAUGUUGAAAAAGACAUGCUUUUUCUGGAAGCUCUUCCCAUUCAUAUGCCAUGUUUCAUGCCUUAAAAAAACACAAUGUGAAGUUGUACAUGGUCAUUUUAACAUAUGUAUUCUUAAACAGUCAGAAUUUUUAAAGCACUAGGGUUUGGUUCAUAUUAUAAAUAUUGAAGGAAAAGUAUUAUCUGAAAGAGAGCAAACCCUAAACGGAUGGUGAAGAAAAGUGAUGUAUUGGUAUAUGUUUGAACAUCGUGGGACUUGGUCAUGCUGGAAAAAAAAGCUGGCUAAUUUUGUAACAAAUGAAUCCGAGGUCACAUUCUCAAUGCCUAAUGCUGUGAAAAAUACCCCGUCUCUUACCAUCACUUCUCAUGGUUUCACACUUUGUUUCAUUCUCUCAUACGUCUUAAUACAGUUGGAAUUCCUUGAAGAUUGCAUGAGGGUCAAGCACAAAAAAAGAUGUCAGAAAAGUGUCUGGCUUCUCACUUGGAAGUGAAGGAUUGUCCUGAUGACUUAGGAUUAUUUGAGUGUGUGUGUGUUCAUUCAUGUUGUGUUAUAAGCAUGAUAUACUUCAGUUGCAAGUCUGGGAAAGGCAGUGUGGCUCACAUAGUAGGUUCUUGGUCACACCUUGCUGAUACGUUUUUAUGCAAAAUUAUAUUUUACCGGUUUCCAUAAAGCAAUUAUAUUUUUGGAUGAAGAAGCAAAACCUAAAUGGCUGCUGAGUGGCACAUUUUUGAUGCGUAAGUGGAAAGAGCUGGGUGACUCCUCUCUCAAAGUGAAGUUGGUAUGCUUUAUUAGUCAAUAUUAUUAGAUUUUUUGAAAAAAUCUGAAUGCUUUUUAAUGUAAUCUUGUCUUUAAUUCAUGCCCAGUUUAUUAACUGGGUUCUAAUUCCAUUUCUUGGGCACUGAUGACAGAAAAGAUGUCCUUGUAUAUAUUUCAUAAUUAAUAUUUAUAUAUGUACAUGGCACAUAAGUCUAUACAUACUUUAUUUUACCCUUUAUAUAGUACUUCCUAAGAAGAAAUUAUUGGUGGGCUUCCAUAGACACAUAGAGAUGGCUAGUUUGUACUAUGUUUCCCAAAAGUAAAUUACUUAUAUAUGCUAUUUGGUACUUUCCCCUCCCACUAACCCAUCCUUUUCUGUUUUGUAUUUCUUAAGGAACAGGCCAUUUAAGAACUAUGGUUCUUCCCUUACAUUAUUCCUGCCUCAUGGGAUAUAGUGGCAUUACACAACGGAGCCACAAUUUCUCUGAGCUUCCUUUUGUUGCUCAGGAUCUUAGGGGUUUGACUGAGGUUUGAAGGUAUCUGAGGAUGCUUCCAGACAAAGCUGUUAUUCUACCUUUCACACAUUUUAUGGGGCCUCCAUGCAACCUAGUCUCUUGUUUGUAUUUCCCCCCACAAAAUAUUGUUUCUGACCCCCUUUUAACCAUAGUGUGGAAGAAAUACAAAGAUUUUGCAGUACCUUUUGAAUGAUGGCACCAGGAAGCACCUUCUCACCUUAAAGCACUCAAAGAGCAUUGAAGAAUAUCAGCUUUCCAAAUCCAUUUUAGCAAAAAAUCCACUAACAUUUCAACUUUUCAUUUCCUAAAGAGAGAUUUUCAAAUUGUUGGGGCUAAAGGUGUGAAUGUAAAAAAAAAUUUUUAGGGGCAUAGCAUGGGACUAAUUCAACUCUUUAGCUCUAUCAGUAUCUCCAAUAUCUAAAGUUGCAGUAUUUCAUGUUUUGUGCAUUUGCUGAUUUCAGUCCUCCCUUUCUAUUAUCCGAAUACAUUCAAGAUGUCUAUUAUUUUUAUUAAUGUCCCACUUUAUCUCUCUCUAAAAAAAAAAUACCUAAGGCGGUUAACAACACUAUAAACAAUGCAAUAUAAAAAUAGUAGGUUUGCUUGUCUAAAGAGAAUGAAAUGUCAACAGAUAAAGCAAACCGGAGGGCAGAAACAAAUGUUCCCAGAUCAGUUAUCUGCUUUGGAAGCAGAAAUGACUUUUUCUUCUUGGGGAAAUCUUGGGGCAUGGUGGAUGGUGGAGGAACAGUUCUGCAAACUUGCAACAGAAAAUGACUGUUGUGAAAAGGACACUAAUUGGUUGAUGUUCACUAAAUUAUUGGGUAAUAGAAGAGGGCAUUUAGGAGCAAUCUUUUAAUAGGAAUAAGUGGUCGGGAGUACAUCCCUCCAAGGUUUCCCGGUGAGCUAGUGUAGUCUCCAACCUUCUCUAGUUGCCCACUUCUCUAUAAGAGAGAAUACUGGGCCCGAUUAUUUAAGCCCAGUUUCAUAGGCUAUUGGGUGUUAUGGACUGCAUUUUGGCCCAUCCGUGAUUGGCAUUCUGUUCAAGAAUCUAAAAAUAUGUGAAGCAUCACAUAUAAUGUGGCAUGUAUCAAGGAGUUUCACUUUUUCUAAAUGUGAUAUUGCGAUUCUUUAAAUAUUUUUAUACAUCUCCUUUUGACAGCCUGUAUACCAGUGGUUCUUAACCUGUGGGCUGCAGCCCAGCAGCGGGCCAUGAGAACGAAAAUCCGGUCUGCAAACCUCCUUCUCUUUAUUUUAUUUUCUUUCCACUCCUUUCUGCAGAGCUGACCAUUGCAUUGGAUAGAUCACAUCAGCUCUAGAUGAUUAAAUAUGGUUUUCUGUGGGCGAGCAUAUGGCGAUUACUGGAUGGCAUAUGUUUUGUAACAGAAACUAGAGCUGAUGUGAUCUAUCCAAUGCAAUUUUCUGAAUCAGCACCCCAAAUAACCAAACUGAAUCUAAAGUUGACCAAAAACUGAUUCGUAACCCUUUUGGUACUAAUGUUGGAUAGUGGUCCCUGGUCAAAGUGGUUCCCGGUCAAAAAAAAGGUUUGGAACCACUGCUGUAGACUAAAAUUGGAAGGACAGAGAAAAGAUUACCAUGGCCUCUAUGCAAGGGUGACACACACACACGUGUACAGUGUUCAUCGUCUUCACACCUGUUAUAGCACAGGUCAUCCCCAUAUCAUUAUUUCUUUCUGAGAGAGUUCAUUCUUAUUGAACAUGCUUUUUAAUAUCAUCUGCAGUGUAGAGAAAAGGCAGCUCCCAAAGGAAUGCAUGCUCAAAGAUGGGAAUCCUAUACAGAAAAUUCUGCUUUAAGUCUCCUUCAGGAGAGAUAAAGUGUGGCAAUAAUAAUAAUAAUAAUAAUAAUAAUAAUAAUAAUAAUAAUAAUAAUAAUAAUAAUAAUAAUAAUAGGGCAGGAAGGAGAUGUCAUCUUUAGUUGUAUGUGCUUCAUGACUCCAACUGAAUAGAUGAUUUCUGUGCAAAGGUAAUACAUUUGUGUACCCAGGCUGAGCAGAAGUGCAAUGAGUGUGUUUGCAUACAUACAGGAUACUUAUAUUGCGGAUGUGCAUGUGGUUGAUCCUGGAAUUAUAUUGCUGUGAUCAUCACUUGCAAAUACAUCCAGUCAGUUAGUCUUGAUAGAACUGGGACAGGAGAACUACCAUUUAGUUUUCAAUUUAGAAUCAGUCUUGAAAUUAUUUACACCUACCCCCUUUCUGGAUCUUUCCCCUUAACCUCAGAAGUGAUCAUUUAUUUACUUUCUGUAUUAACAUCUAACUCUGCUUCACUGGGAUUUUCCAGCCAUUUCUGGCAGAUACACUAUGGUUUAUGGGUGGGCUGUAAAAAGGUGCUUGAGGUUCAUGCAACAAGCAUGAGCUAGGCUAGGCUAUUUCCCUCCUCUGUACUUGGGACACUUGGGGUCUUAUGAAUAACUCCAUCAUAGAUGGUUUCUGCAAUACCUCUCAAUUUCAAAAAAGUAGUUUGCUAGGAGAUACCAGAGACUGGGCUGCUGCUCCGACAAAAAGCUGCUAAUCCUUCGCUCAGAGCUUUCCAAACAUUUCAUGUUGGUGACAAAAUUUUUGGACAUGCAUCAUUUUGCAACACAGUAAUUCAGUUUUACUAUCAACUGACAUCUUAUAAGAGAUACAGACACAUGCAGAAAUUGUAAUAAUAUAUAUGAGGAAACAAUGUAUCUCAUGAGCACCUUUCAUUUAUAUGUUUUUAAAGAUUUGUUGGAGCCUCCAGUGGCUUAGUGUGUUAAAGCGCUGAGCUGCUGAACUUGCAGACCAAAAGGUCCCAGGUUCAAAUCCGGGGAGCAGAGUGAGCUCCCGCUGUUAACUCCAGCUUCUGCCAACCUAGCAGUUCGAAAAUAUGCAAAUGUGAGUAGAUCAAUAGGUACCGCUUCGGCGGGAAGGUAACGCUGUUCCAUGCAGACAUGCCGGCCACAUGACCUUGGAGUUGUCUACAGACAACACCGGCUCUUCGGCUUAGAAAUGCAGAUGAGCACCAACCCCAAGUCGGACAUGACUGGACUUAACAUCAGGGGAAACCUUUACCUUUACUAAAGAUUUAUUGCUUAUUUCACAUAGACCCAGAAGUCUUUUGUUAUGUUCGUGUGACACAUCUGCACACUGCAGCUGACACACUAACAUGUCACAACACAGAGUUUGGAAAGCUCUGCCUUAGCUUCUCUGAGUUGUUUUUGUUCACUACAGCAUGUCGCUGAAUCUUCUGCUUUUUAACAUGCUAAAUUAAGCCUAGACAAUGUAUAUAAUAUUUAUGCAAGAGGAACGAAUUAACCAUGCUGGGGGCUUAUGGAUUUCAAUGGGGCAAGGUAGUUGCACAUCAUUUGCUGUGGAUUUUAUCUGGAUCAGUUUACACAAGUGGAUCUUUCACACUAUGCAUUUAUAGCACUAUGAUUCCACAAUGGAGCUCUGUGGCUAAGCGCGCCAUCCAAAAUCUAGAUCCCUGAACUUGCUUUGAAACGACUCAACUAUAAUGGUAUGAUUCCACUUUAACUGCCACGGCAACAUCCCAUGGAAUUCCGGGUUUUGUAAUUUGGUGAGCUCAUUGGCAGAGGAUUCUAAAUACACUUCUCUAAACAUAAAUUCCCAAGUUUCAAUUGGAUAGAACAAUGGCAGUUUAGUUGGUCCCUUAGCACUCCACUUGUAUAGUGUGAAUGAACUCAUGGUGUCAUUAGCGUGGCUGCUGCCAAUAAAAUGUAUCCUUUUUUUGCAUUGGAUGCCUUUUGAGAAGCACCGGAUGCCGAAGUGUUUGCGUGUUUCUCACAGCAAUGCCCCAUCCGCACUGGGAAUGCUGAUGCUGCAACCUGAGCACUAACAAGGGAUUUUUUAUAUGCUUUUAUAUUUUACCAUUGCAAGAUGGUAGCAAGCUCUGGGACUGUACGUUUGUAGCAUCUGCAGAGGUGACAUGUAAAUUUGGCCUCCCAAUCAGAUAUUUCUUUUAUUUCUGUUUUUUAAUUUCUAAAGGUUUUCAGAUAUACCCUUCAAAAUGAAUGUUUUUUAAAACAGAAAUAAAUAGAAGCAGAAUAUACAUCAGUUACCAAAAUAUUUCUGGUAAAAUUACAUUUAAAACUGAAAUCGACAGAAUUCACUUUAAGGGAACAAUAUGCAUCCUAUCAGGCAGAAAUCCAACUACCGUGUAUUUCUGCAAAUGACUGAUCUCAUAUGAUGGAGACUUUUCUUUAUUAAAUUUCCAGAUUGGAAAAUUGCACUCUUCUCUGCUCUGAGCCUGUUCCCUCUCCUUCAAGUUUCAGCAAAAGCUCAAGAAGACCUAGUUUGUAUGAUUUGCUUCUUUGUUAUAAUGCUGCUUAUUCGCUGAAAGGCGCUGUAUCUAACAAUGCUCCAAUCAGGUCCCUUUUACUGACCUCAGUUAUAUACACAUUUACUUUUUUUGAAGUAGAUUUCGUCCCUCUCUUCUUCAAGUCCAGUAAAAUUCAUUGGCAGAUUUGGGAAACAGUUAUUCUCUGCAGAAUUGAGGAGAGGCAGGAGUUCAGCCUUGGAAAAGGUUACAAUAUUUGUCGAAAUUGACAGGAUCUCUAAAACUGGGCUUUACAGCAUGCAGAAAGCCUCCAAGUCUCUCGUACUUCUACAUGCUUGGCUUGCAGUCGUAACCAUAGUUUUGGCCUGGUGUGCUGAAGCAAAAUAUUAUUUCCACAAAUACUUUUUCUAAAGAUCUGCAACAAUUAUCCAGUCCAAAAUAAAACAUCUGAAUCCUGUGUGGCCCCCAAAUAUUUGAGGUUAAGUAAUUGCAGAUUUGUGGUUGUGGAUGCAAAAAAGUUUCCUUGCUGUUGCAUAUAUGUACUGGGUGAAUGAAGACCAGACUCUGGCUACCAAUCCACAUGUUUGGGUUAAUCGAUUUCCUUUCUGCCAUUAGGGUGUUUCUCAAAAUGGUGCCAGUUUGGAAACUGGAACAAUUCAGUUAUCUGUGGGAGUCUGAGCAAAACCAACUGUUAUUAAAAAGAAAUUAUGUUUGUCUGUUUCCUUAUGUGUAUCCUGUCCUUUGUUUAGCAGUUCCCAUUUCCUACACAAAUUAACCACCCAAUUGCUUUAAUGCAAAACAACCUUUUGUUGAUUUGUUUGUUUGCCAGUAAAUUAAUGUGAAGAAAGGUAUACAUAUUAUGCCUUAAAGAUAACAGCUGAGCUUGGUUUGAAAUUCUGUUUGAUCUAAGAGGAAAACCAUCAUUGUCAAAUGAUACACUGUAUUUUGCAGUGUCCUGUUUUACUCAUUUCGGAAAACGUGUGCUGAAAGAACCAUAUUGAAACUGAAUUGUCUUUACAAUCUCAUCAAACCCUAGACAGAAUUCAGUAAACGUUCAGUUCCCUAUGUUUAGCAAGCCCUGUAAAAUCUAACCACAGCUUCCUGGAUUGUAUCCUAUGGCAGCAAUUGAAAAAAAGGUGAUUUUCAGAGCCAAAGAGAUUGUGUGUGAAUCUGAAACAUCAUUUCCACUGGUUCCACUGCCAAAGAAACAAGCCAUUGCUCACUUGCAAAAGUGUCCCGCUUUCCCCUCUUUGUCAGUGGGAGCUGUUCUAGCAGCAAAUAAAUCCGCUGCUUUGGUAACACAUGGUUCUGUUCAAUAUGCGUGUAUCACUUAUUUGGAUUGUCUGGUACGUUGUGCUACCAAAAAAAGCAGGAAAACUGUGCCUCUUCAAAUGAAUGUUGUACAGAGGAAUGUUCCACUUGUAAGAAAAUGGGCCUCAAUAAAUUCACAGCAAUUA